UGUUUUCAAGGUAAAAAUAGUUCUGGCUCGGACUGUGACAGCGAACCAGGAAUCCCUUUAAAGAGGAAACAACGAAGAAGCAGAACAACCUUCACCGCCCAUCAAUUAGACGAAUUAGAACGAGCUUUCGAAAGAACCCAAUAUCCAGACAUUUACACCAGAGAGGAAUUAGCUCAAAGAACCAAAUUGACCGAAGCUAGAAUUCAAGUAUGGUUUAGCAACCGAAGAGCCAGGCUAAGGAAACAAUUGUCCUCGACCACUUCCGGUGGCUACGUUAGUUCCGUCGCGUAUCCCGCUGCGUCUUACGUUCUUCAUCCCCCAGCUGCGCCUCAUCCACACGCUGCAACUGCUGUUCCACCGAGUCAUUCGCAUCCUCAUCCUCAUGGGCAGACUCUACCUGAUACCACUUUUCCGUCGAGUCAAGUUCCAGAGUUAUAUUCUUCACAUCAUACCAGCAUGUCUCACCAGUUGACACCAGAUUCAGCUCGUCUACCGUCAUCCGUCGGAGCUACACCAAGUUAUGGUCUUCCAGCAUCGGUAACCUACCCCAGUUCCCUAUUACCAGCAACAUCCUCGACUAGUAGUAGCCACAUAAAUCAUCAAGUGUCUUCAGUCGCCGCAGCAUCUUCGUCAACUUACCAACAAGCCAAUAGUCAUCAGCUAUCGCCAACUCCGAAUUCUCUGGUUACCAUGAUGGGUCCAAAUUCUGGGAAUUCGAACUCGGCAUCCGAUCAGUUAACAUCGGCGGAUUUACCAAUCAGUUCUGUGUCUCCAGCUCAGCAACAACAACAACAACAACAACAACAGCAACAGCAGCAACAAGCGAGUCAAGAAAAUUCUUCACCAUCGUGGAAUCUUCCGAUUUCCAGCGGGGGAAGAGUUGGACUUUCGAGUUCACCGACAUGCCUCCAGCAACCUCAUGCUCAUACUGCGCAUCCUCAUCAAGCUUUCGCAAGUCAUUACAGUGCUCAAGGUUUCCAACAACCACCCAGACCUGCCCCACAUCAGUCGUUUUAUAGUUGGUAC